CUCAUUUCAUUUUUCAGAAUGAAACGCAAAUUCCUUCUUAUCACAGCAAAUGUUGGAUCGUUAUUUGAAAAGUCAUGUCGAAUACAUAAUGGCUGGUUGACAACCUUAAUUCAGGAGAUAGAACGAGAAAAAGCUGACUUCGUUGCUAUUCACAUGCAAGAAGUUGGUGGUAAACACUAUGAAGAGUGCUCAAGUCAAGUGCCACCGUUAGUGGACAAAAUAGCUGAUCAGAUGAAUCAAUUAGGUUAUUCGAUUGGACGAGCUUAUUUGGAUUUGGAAUACUACAUACCGGAUGAGUACAAUGCAAUGGAACAGUACGACUUUCGUGAAAAGAAAUUCGAACGUAUGAAAAAUGGUUUCGAGAUGAUACAAAAGGAUCUAGCGUUAUGUACGCGACUGCGUAAAGCUAAAUUCCCGAAACACUUCUGGCCAGCCAUCAAGUGGGGUCGAAAAGGCUUCAUACACUGUCGUUUCAGACACAACAAAACGUUAGUCGUCGAUCCGAUCCGAUCCAUCCCACCUAUUCUGUCAUCAAUAUCGAAACCCUCAAACAACUUUCAUUUCAGACCAAUAGAUUUCCUUAACGUACAUCUGUUCCACGAUGAAUCCAAUAUCGCACUUAUACAUGAGAAUCCUUCGUUGUAUAGUGACAAUCGAAAGCGUGCACUAAACUAUGUGCUCGAUGAAGCAGCCAGAGUAUCGGAUAAUUCAGUAACGAAGCCAAAUCCUUUAUUUGUUUUUGGUGAUCUCAACUUCAGAUUGCAUUCACCGUCAUUUCUGAAUCGUAUAACAGUGGAAGCAGAUCAACGACACGAUUCACUCGAAUCGCAUAGUAAUUUUGGCAACAGUGGAAAUUCGUUGUUGACAGUCGAGGCAGCUGCCCAACAGCUCGGCGAUACGCUGCUCACAACUCGUGACGGUGAGCAAUUGCGACGCACAGUUUCAGCGAUUGAAUUCCGACGUUCACCUAAUGGCUCAAGAACCGAUCUCCCUUCCAGUUGUGUUUUGCGUAUUGAACGAAAUCGAUUCGAUUAUUUCAAUCACAAGAAAUUGCUCCAUGAAUGGCGUGGCUAUUUGGAGGAUGAUCAAGAGGCUAAGAGCUUCCCAUCGCUUUACGAACUCAACAUUCAAUUUCCACCAACCUAUCCAUGGAGUGAAGAUCCGGAUGAGAGUGAGGCACUGAUGAAGACUCGUGCACCGGCGUGGUGUGAUCGUGUGCUCAUGAAUGAGAGUGCGUUCGAGAUUGUGCAACGUGACCAGAAGAAACUCUACGAUAGUAUCGGAAAGGAGAUUUGCAUGGGUGACCAUAAGCCAGUCAUCUUAACGUUCACCGCAGACGUCUGA